AUGAGCCUGUCUGGUUCUGAGUUGGAUCUGCAGCAGACAUUAGAAAGACAAUGGCAGCAUUCUGUGCAGAAAUAUGAGGAUGAAUCGAACAAGAAAAAAGCCCGAGAAACAGUUCCAUUAGUACAGCUGACAACAAAUGCUCAGCGCAAGUUCCUUAACCGAAAUGAGAAGGAUAAAAGGGGCAGUAUAAAAGAGUUCCUCUUUUUGGAGUUGCUCAGGUGGUUUAAACUGGAGUUCUUUCAGUGGGUAGAUACUCUAGCAUGUGAUGGGUGCGGAGGCAAAACUCAGAACAGAGGGAUGCUGGGGCCGAAUAAUGAGGAGCUGAGGUACGGGGCGGGAAGAGUAGAGAACCACUUGUGUAGCAAGUGUGGUUUUACAAAUAGGUUCCCAAGGUACAACUGCCCUGUGAGGUUGCUAACAAGCAGAAGGGGUCGCUGUGGCGAAUGGGCCAACUGUUUUGUCCUUCUCUCCAGGGCUCUCAACUUCGAGACUCGAUAUGUGUUGGAUGAGACUGACCAUGUAUGGGCUGAGGUGUUCAGUGAGAGUCUAGGAAAUAGAUGGACACAUGCGGACCCCUGUGAGAAUGCAUUCGACAAACCACUCCUGUAUGAGAAAGGGUGGAAGAAGAAACUCACUUAUGUCUUUUCAAUAUCAGCACUUCAAGUGCUAGAUGUAACAUGGAGAUACUCACAAGACCAUGCACAGCUACGGAACAGGAGGACUAAAUACAGAGAAGCGAUGGUUGUCAGAAUAACGGAAAAUGUCAACGACAAAAUCAGAGCUCACAAUUAUGGGCUAGACUGGUCCAAGAUAACAUUGCGGUUGAUUACAGAGUAUGUGGAGUUUCUAAAUAACGAUGCCAAGCUGAAUGCGAGACUGAAAGAGGAGAAAUGGGACAGUUCGGGUCUGCAAGGUAGAACUACAGGCAGUGUGCAAUGGAGGAAAGAGAGAGGCGAAUUGGGGGACUGCUCGACAAGCGGGAGUAGAAUUGAGUCGAAUUCGAACGUGUUUCAAAUUGAACCCCCUCCUGACGCCACUCGAGGGGUAGCCAAUUUGACAUACAAUCCUGGCGAAGACCUUUACUCCUUCAAUAGUUGUGUAGAUGAAGGUUUGACCAGUUCUAGCCUGUACGGAUGGGAAAAUGGUGUUUACCAGUCUCAGAAUAUCUUCCGAAAGGAAGAGUUUGACUGGAAGAUGGUUUACCUGUGCAGGAAUCCAGAAUGCAGAGUGGGUGAAAAGGGAGUCAUCAGCUGGAAGUUUUCCCUGCCGACAACAAGUGCUUUUAAAUUUGACCAGGCCCUCAUUAAAUGUCAUAGUAAAUUGUACGAGAAUGCAAAUGUAUCUCUUCGGGUUUCAUCUGUACGGAAGGCUGACAAGAAGGAGAGUUUGAUCGAGGAGUUGGACAGUGAUGCUGAACAAGUGUCUCAUACCAUUGACCUCUCUUCAGUGGCGGACUGUUCUGUUAUUCUAACUGCUACUCUCAGUGGGGGGAGGGGAGAUGUGCACUGGCAACACGCACAGCUGUUCAGAGAAGCUAUCAACCAACCUAGUCAGAAUCCACUGCAUAUCAAGUUACACUAUUCUCACUCAUAA